AUAAAGUCGAUUUGUUUACUUUUUUUUGCAAAUCUUAGGAAACAUAAAUAAAAAUAAGUAUAAACAAUAUGAUAAGAUAUAAUAACAAUUUUGUAAUUAUCAAUGAAUGAGGCAUUGUAUUAUGGGUUUAAAUGGUCCAGUGCCCUUACCGGCUCUUUAACACGUUAAAAUUGCACUUAUAUUAAAAGAAACAUUCCACUCAAUAUGAUAAACCAAAGAAAAUGUCUUUCUCUUAGUGCCCUAAUUGGCUUUUCUGCAAUUUGUUUAUAUAUUUGGCCCGUAUUCUUUUCCAUUGUGCUUUUUUUAGUAUGGUUUGUAGUCAUAGUUUUGUCUGGUUUAGCUUCUGCCAUAUGGGUGCAUAUCAAACUUGCCUCACCCUUGAAUGGGAUAGAAAGAACCAAGCAGACACUGGUAAAGGCUGAGAAUUUUCAUAGUAAGAUUAUGAAGCAAUAUGAGUCUCGAGUAUUAAGAGAGGAACAAGAAAGAGAAAAGAAUCUUCCACCAAUAUUUGGCAGAACUGUGGAUGUAUUGUUUCAACAGCUAUUGGAGUUUGUCAUUAGGGAUCAUAUUGCCAUCCAUUUGAAAGAUUUGGUGUACAAUACUGAAUCAAUUGAGAUGAGCAUCAAAAAAGACUUAUGGUCUGGUAUUCGAAAACUGCACCACCGAUUGUCCCGAAUCGAUCACGCUAAAUUGAUUGCUUGCGAUAUUGUCACAGUUAUCACGCAUCAUUUUGAAAAGAUACGCGAAAUGAAAAUCACAUCAGACUUAGAUAAACCGCCAGAAUUUGAAUUAGCCCCUCACGUUGUAAGUGAGGAUAAAGAAUUGGAAUAUUUAAGAACAGUGAGUGAGAUUUUAAUGGUGCUACUAUUGCCUAAAGGAUAUUCCUUAUCACCUGCUAAAGGGCUAGUGAGGGAGGUGCUUUGUUUUAAAGUAUUCAAAGAGGCCAUUGAUGAAAUAACCGAUCCGGACUUUUUUAACCGCUCAAUAUUGGCAUAUUUCGACAAGAAUAACCAGCAGGCCAGCUUGCCGAAAAAAGCAUUGGACCAUGUAGAUCUGUACAUCGAUAAAAUCAAUGACGUCCAUAUAUUAGAACAGAUACGUUCCAAUGUGGUCUCAAAACUGAUGCAAGCAACGACUUUGCAAAACCUAAAUCGUGCUAAAGGUCUAGAUUUGGAUAACGAAAAGAGCAUGCAAAAUUCUGGUGUUUUAAAAUCCGAUAUCAAUGCUGCCAAACGCCUUCAAAAAACCAUCGGUCAUUUAACGAGGGCCAAAGAAUUGUGCGAGAAAAAACUGUCAAGCUUGGGUAGCGUUUCCGGUUAUAAUGGACAAAAAAGUGGUGGAGAGGAUGUUAAGAAGGUCCUUCCAUUAAGGCAAAUACUAGAAAACAUAACAGGCCGCAAGUAUUUGUCACAAUACCUACAAACAUUAGCUAGCCACGACCUGAUUCGCUUCUGGUUAGCCGUAGAAGAAUUAAGGACGGCUCCAAAAAGCCAGUGGCACCAACUUGGUGCCGAAAUUUUUUACACUUUUAUUCGAAAUCCGGUAUCUGAAAUUAAAGUCGACAAAAUGGACCGGAAGAGGAUGGAAUCGUUUCUACUUGGAGAUAACGGCCCAGAAGUAUUCAUUGAGGUCCAACAACAAGUAAUGCUGACCAUUGAGGAGAAAUAUUUUCAUUCGUUCGUGACAAGCGAUUAUUAUAAGGAAAUGGCGAACGCGAUAGAGAAAGCCGAAAGUUCCUUAAAUAAAACUGACAAUACUAAUCCCGAGGAGAAACCUCUAUUGGCGGUAGUCGAAUUGUUUCCGGGAGUGGGAGGAGGUGGCAUCAAUUUAAAUGUAGAGGACCAUUCGAACUACGCCAGGAGAAAAUUGGAUCAGUUGGAGGAGAAGUUGAAUAAUAAGGUGCAGGCUCUUGCGGCCUUAAAGGCUUCCAUGAGACCCGAUUCAAAAGUUCUAAAGAAACUGCAAAAAGAAGUGGAAUGGCUCCAAGGCGAGAAGCGCCAGCUAGAGGCGCAUUUGUCCAGAACCGAAAUGUGGUCGGAAAAUUUAGGAAAAUGGACUGCGAUAGUUCAAAGUGCUGAAGUGCCGGAUGAACGUGAACCGCCUCAGUUCGUCCUUGUCGUUCAAAUGUCUGAGAAUGACCAUACUAAUGAGAAUGGGGAAAACGUUGUUGACGGCGGUGGCAAAAGAGAAGAAAUCGCGUCAGGUUGGGUCGUUUGUCGGAGCUUAACUCAAUUUCAAGAGUUGCACAAGAAAUUGAGACCGUUGUGUGCUGAGGUGAAAAGUCUCGAUUUGCCCUCGAGUAUUUUAUUCACUAAAUUUUUGUUUGGAAAACCGGACAAAGCUACUCUGGAUCGGGCCAAGGGACAGAUACAGAAGUACCUAGAUUUCGUAUUAAAAAACGACCGAUUGAACCAAAGUGAGGCAGUCUACGCAUUUCUCAGUCCAAGCUCGGAACACUUGAAACAUUCCACACCGAGUCCUAAAAAAUCACGAUUUUCCUUCGCUACAAUCUUUAAAACUAGUGAACUGGGCCUACCAUUUUCCCUGCUAAAAGACACAUCGAACGAAGAUAUCUCUCAUUGUUUAGAUAGCUUGGACACAGGCGCUGUGGAAGCGAUUGAUUUCAUCAAAACUUCUGCCAGUGGUGGGACGCAGACUUUAAAAGUGUCUGAGGACCCGCGGGACACCAUUGCUGAGCCGCUUUACGCUCUGUUAACCGAAAUUUUCGAUAUGGAGGGACUCUUCAAGUAUUUGAGGAAAACUCUCAUCGGAUUUGUCCAAGUUACUUAUGGUAGCAGCAUCAACCGCCAAAUUUACGAAAGCGUCGCCUAUUUCUUUUCUGAAGAGAUGCUCCAUUUCUACAUCGCAGAGAUUCUGAGGCACUUUUGGCCAGGUGGACGUCCACUCGACGAUGACGAGGAUGGCAACCUGAACCGUAGCGAUGAAGAGAGAGCAGAAACGGCGAAAAAGGCCCGCGAAAAUCUAGUCAAUAACGUGCCGGAGAUUUUGGUCACCUUAGUUGGCGGCAACGCGGCUAAAGAGGGUGCCAAGAAAAUCUUUGAUGCAUUGCAAGACCGAUAUUUUAAUAAACAGUUGUUUUAUGAAAUAUUAGAAGUCAUUCUGGAUUCCGUAUUUCCAGAACUUCAUUGACUUUAGUUAGAUUAAACCUAAUCUAAAUGUAGCUGUACAUUAUUUUAAGUCAGUAUUUUAUGGUCUAUUAUUCUACCAAAUGAUGCUAACUUAUGUGAUAUUUAUUUUUAUUUCUCGUUUUAACAUUCCAGAUAAAACUAUCAUGACAAUUUUAACGUACAAAAAUGCAUAUUAAUAAUAAAUAUAUCAGUAGACACUAGGGUUGCUAGAAUGGUAAAACUUUAUUGUAACCAUGUAGUAAGUAUUAGGCAGUAUAUUAUUUAUAUGCUUUAUAUUAAAAACACUGCACUGCCAGUACCUGAAAUCUGUCUUUGAUGGCCAGUACUACAUUAAUUCAUUAAUAAUAAUUAAAAUUUUACAUAUACCAAAGCAUUAAUUUAAUAACUGAAUAAAAAACUCUCUAAUUGUAAAUAAACCUAUAAUGUUUUAUGUUGCAGAGUUAAUUAGAUUGUAAGACAAUAAAUGUUAGUAAACUAAAUAAAAAUAUUUGUUUAUA